AACAACAAAAAAAAAAGGGUCCGGUCGGUUCUGGAGUCUUUCAUAGCGAAUAAGAAAUCAGAAGAAACCCAGUAGAACUGAGAGAGAGAAUGGAAGGAGACGAGAUAGGCAUAGUUUUAUCAAGAGCUUCAGAACUUCGAUGGAAGAUUAACAAUUGCAUCAAUAACUCCAAUGAAAGAGAUGAUAAAGAAAAAGUAACUGAAACUGAAGGAGGCGUUGUUGAUACAACAUCAAAUCUUUCUCUCGAUGAUGAGUCUCUGUUGAACAUUCGUGAUGCCCUAGAUUCUCUUGAAGUACAACUCUCUUCUUUACAGGCUCUGCAACAGCAGCAGAAAUACGAGAGAGAAGUAAUUCUCGCUGAAAUUGAUCAGAGUCGUAAGAUUUUACUCGAGAAACUGAAUGAUUACAAAGGAGAAGAGUUGGAAGUGAUACAGGAAGCGUCUGCUUUUGCCAGUGAGACAGUUGAGCAUAGUGAUGAUCUCCUCCUUCCACCAUAUCCAAGUCGACCUCCAGACUCUCUAAUCUUAAAUAAAGGCUAUCCUUCAAAUUUCAAUCCUACACGUACGUCUACUCAAAAUGGGAUCAAUGGAGAAGACAAGAAAACUAGUGAGAUGGGCGAGAAACAAACUGCAUCCCCUGCUGAAAACUCAUCUAAGGGGCUGAAACAUAUCUUUGUUGCUGCCGCUAAAUCUGUGAUCACCAUUGUCAGUGUCAUAUCUUUGCUACGCCUUGCUGGUUUUCAGACAAGGAUGAGGAGGAGGAGCAGCGCUCAGUUCAAGAUUCCAAACCCAUUUCAGAAACCGGCAGCAGGGGAGAAGCAACGACUUAUUGAGUGCCCUCCUGGGAAAGUUCUGGUGAUAGAAAAUGGAGAACCUCGAUGCCUAGUUAAAGAAAGGGUUGAGAUACCAUUUGAGUCAGUUGUUACAGCCCCCAAUGUAAAUUACGGCUGUGGUUGAAAAGAAAGAUGAACGGUGUAGGGUCUUUUGCUGUAAAUUUUCCACUCUGAAUUUUUUUUAUCUUUUUUAAGGGAAUGAAAUUCCAGCCUUGAAUAGUAAUAAUAGACAAGGAACAGUUUGGUUUUCUUCUGCUGUGGAUCUUCAUUUCUUUGAAAUGUUUUGCUUUUUUUU